GCGCAGCGAUUAUGUGUCUCCGAUAGGCGCGUUGACGCACGUUGACGUGCCUGACGAACGUCGUGCAGCCCGGCCAGCGGGCAGUGUAGCUGUGUCGCGGACAAACGCGCGGGCGGGCGUGCGUGUGUGUGUGUGUGUGCGUGUGUGUACGCGUGUCGCGUGCGUGCGUGCAUGCGUGCGUACGCGUGCGAUUACGCGAUUCGGUCGUGUGCGCGCGUGAGUGCGCGCGUGCUUGGCCGCGCUGGUGAUCGCGGGCUCGCGUUUUCGACGUGUUUCGACGAAAUAUGUCAGAGGCUCCGGAAGCAUGAGCGAGGGAGCGGACUCGGGUGCGCAGAUCCGCGGGGAUACGCUCACGACCUUGGGCGACGAGGGCAAGCGCAAACGUGAGAGCGAUGCGACGACGACGACGACGGAGCAGCCUCCGCCGUCACCACCGCGGACGUCGCCGCAAACGUCGUCGACGCCACCGCCGCUACCGCUACCGCCGCCGUCGACGGCACCGACGACGACGACGACGACGACGACGACGUACACCGGCAGGCGGCCGCGUUUCGGCACUGGCGGCCCCCCGCCGUCACCUUACGUGUGGAUCGACGGUCGUCAGCUGCGGAGCGCCCUGGCCUGGACCAAGAAAUGUCCGCCCCGACGAGUCACCUUUCCCUUGAGCGACAGUCACCUGGUUACCGGCUACCUCGAACCCGACAAUCCCUGGCGACACGCUGAAAAUGUGAAUCGCGAGGACUUAAUCUUUGCAUACAAGGAGUCUUGUGCACGUCACGCUACUGAACCCUUGCAAAAUGUUUUAGUUCAACUCGAGAAUUUGGAUAUAACUCAAGAUCGCUGUGAAGAGCUGAAUUUGAAAGGGGAGGUUUUGAAUCAGGAUCAUAUCGAACCACUAGAGGAGAUACUGAAGAGAGUACAGUUUAAUAAAAUUGAUUUAGAAGGAACAUCUCUGAAUGACGAGAGUUCCGUGAUAUUAUUUGAUAUGUUGGAAUAUUAUGAAUCUGCAACACAUUUAAAUAUUUCAUCUAAUCCAGAAAUUGGAGCGCGCGGCUGGCAAGCAUGCUCACAUAUGAUUAAGAAGACUGAGAGUAUAGAACAGUUUGAAGCAGGAGACAUAAAGUUUGACGAACAAAAUAUGAACAUUCUGACCCGUGCACUGCGGAUAGUUUGUCAUCUCCAAGUCCUUAAACUGGAGAAUUGUGGACUGUCGGGCAGAGCAGUUAUUAUGCUUGUUACAGCUCUAAAAAUAAAUACCGGUAUACGGGAACUAUAUUUAGCCGAUAACGGGCUUGACUUAUACGACGCUGUACAGCUUGGAUCUCUCUUAAGAAUGAACAAUCAGUUGCAAUUGCUCGAUAUUAGUAAUAAUAACGUCCAGGACGAUGGGGUACGAGAUAUAUUAGAGGGCCUGAUCAAUCAAGUGAACGAGGAUAAAACUGGCAAGGGAUUGAGCAUCUUAAUAUUAUGGAAUAAUCGUCUGACCAAGAAAUCAUCACCUUAUAUCUCAAGAAUUAUAGCAUUAUCGAAAACGUUGGAGACUUUAAAUAUUGGCCAGAACAUGUUGACGGACGAGACAUUGAACAUCGUUAAUGAGUCAUUGAAGCAAAAUCGUGUUCUCCUACAAUUAGGCAUGCAAUCUACGGAACUCACAUGUGAUGGAAUAAUCACGCUCGCUGAGAUAAUGGAAACGAAUCAAGUUUUGCAGAGGAUAGAUUUAAGGGAUAACAGUAUACAGAUGCGCGGAAUGCAUGCUCUUGUGAACGUUAUGAAGAAGAACAAGACCAUUACACAGAUUGAUUUGGAUGACAAUCCUCGGAUAAGAAUAGACGGUCCCUUGCACCAGUAUAAAGAUAUAGCUGCGGAGAUUCGCAGUUGCUGCAAGCAGAACGAGGAACGCCGUCUGCUAGAGGAGUCCACCGAGGAUGUUGAGAGCCCGCAGCAUUCAAACCGGUUGCUGAACGCGAGCUCCCGUAAGAUCUCGCUUACCUGUCAGACACUGCCAAGUCCGUCACGAUCGGCGAUGUUAGCCGCCGAUGAGUCGGCGACACGCACCAUGCUGGAGCCAAAGCGCACCAGCGGAGGCCGUCUGCGCUCCCCGGCUCCCAGUCCCAUCCCCUCUCCCGUGGCCAGUCCAAUCCCCAGCCCGUCCCGGAAUCGCUUCGUCGUGUGUCGGGUGUCGGAAGCAUCAUUGCGUUCCGCCGACUCCUCGGUAUCCUCUUCACCAGUCACUCCGCCGUCUCUCGGUUCCUCCCCGUCCCUCGGUUCUUCCCCGUCUUUCUUCCCCAAUACGAGCGGCGGCCCGUCGCGGUUCCGUGUGUCGGUCGUCGAGUCGGCGAGCGCCGACCACUCGUCGCCAAAAUCGGUCGUCGCCUCCUCAAGCGGCAGCUCGGUCACAAUCGGUUUUAACGUCAGAAUCGACGCGGCCGACUCCGACGAUUUCGACAGCGCAACCAAGAUGGAUACGCAUGCGACGCAGGCCGCUAACGGUAGCACUACCUUGUCCGUAGAUACGCUUAAUGUAGUUGCGAUAUCGACAGAAAUGUCCUCAAACGAAGACAUUGCCAAAAACGAAGAUCGUUGUGACAAAGGCAUGAAAAGGGAAGAGGAGCGUGCACACCAAGUUGAUUCGCGAUUUUGGACUGAUGAUAGCGUUACUGCGAGUAAAUGCGAUGUAGUAACGGAGGUCGAAGAAGAGCGAUUAGUUCAAAAGGACAUAAAUGUGACGUCGCAGUCGGAAAGAAAUAAGGAUGUCACAACGAGUCGCGAGAAUUAUUGCGAUGGAUCGGUGAAUCAAAGCAACGUUACGGUAGAUUUUGAGAGCGUUGCAACGCUUGACAAGGUUACCGAGGAUUAUCGCAUCGUGUAUACGAGUACAAAGGAACUACAGGUACCUGCAUAUCCUAAUGAGGAUACAGCUUCGAUGAGGAUUAGCGUAGUUGAGGAUAAAGCCUUGAUAAAAUCGUCCUUGGAUGACACUUCGGAAUUGCACGUGAAUCAGUCGACUUCGGAAGGAUUGUCCACUUGCGUUUUAGAGUCUUCCGUAAACACUACCUCGGGAACGUCCUCGACUCGCACGAUAGAGUCACAUUCGCGGGAACAGGCGAACACGUCCGUGCAGAGGCACAAGUCUAGCUUAGAAAAGCUCCUAUCUUUGUUCCAACAUCCUGGCCAGUUUUUCUCGGACUCUGCAAGCACUGCCGCAAACACGAGAAGCUCUCUGCAAGAGAACGUGAGUGGUGUGAUGGCAUUGGGCGACAGGCUGCAACAGUACUUGAAGGACAACCGAACCAAGAUGAGCACCGAUAAUUCAUGGUCUUCGGAACCUGGUUCUUUGUUGAGAAACAGAUCGGUGAGAGUAAAUGUAUCGCAGUUACAGAGUUUAACCAAUAUAUUCGCGUCUUUCAAACUCGAACCUCACGCAAGUCUCGUCGAGCAGAGUACUAAGCUCUUCGGUCAGGCAAAGAGUCAGAAUACGAAUGUAAAAGAGAAAGAUUUAGAACAAUCGGCAAAAGUUGAGGUUGCGAAAAUCGAUGAAAAAGAUUUAUCCAGUCAGGAGAAAAGUCAGAUUGCGAGAAACGAUGACAAGAAUUUGAUUAGCCAGAACAGCGGCGAGAGUUCGUGUUGUCAGGAGCAAAAUCGAAUUGUUAAAGAUGAUGAGAAGAAUUUAAUCGUCCAAGAGAAGACUCAGAUUAUUGGGAAUGACGAGCACAAUUUAUCUGUUGAGGAAAAUAAUCAGAUAGAAAGGAACGACGAGCAGAAGUCGUUUGAUCGGGUUAUGAAAGACGACGAGGAGAACUUGAUUAAGGAAGAAAGUCAAGCUUUGAAUGAUGAGAGUAAUUUGUUUAAUCAGGUAAAGAAUCAGAUUGUGGAAAGAGAUUUGGCGGAUCAAGAGAUAGAACAAGUUGCCAGGAGCAUUGAUGAGAGCUUUGAACAUCAGGAGAAGACUCAAGUUACUGAAGAUGGCCAAAAUGUCGAAAAUCAGAGAAGAGAUGAGGUCGUAAGUGACAAUGAGCAUGAUUUAAAUAAUCAGAAGAAGAUUUCCGCGAGAAAUAGCGAGAACCUUGAAGACCAGGACAAUGGAAUCGCGAGAAAAAACGAGAAAGAUUCUAUAGACGUGCAAAAUAUGCAUAUUAACAAAGAGAAUGUUAAGGAGGUGCGUUGCGCGGAUCAGUUACAAUGGACGGAAUCUGACUUUAGUGAUCGACUGUUACCUGAAAGUGUGCAAUCAAAGGAUGAUUUUGUUAAUAAUUUAGUAUUAGAUGGCGGCUAUGUUGAACCGGACGUGACGGUUUCAUCGUCGCUGGCGAGUAAAUCCACUGUGUGUAUAGCUGUAGAGUUAACAGACGUAGCCGGAUAUUCUGCUUUAGAAUUAAGUAAGACCGACAGUACAGGGUGUAACGAUGAUUUUAUUAGUGACGAUGCGCAGGAUUCAGAACAUAUGGACCGUAACGAUGUUGAACACUUGAAAUGCGACAAUCUGAAGAGUUUAGAAUGCGAUGGAAUUAAGGUUUUAAAGACUAAUGAUACAGAGUGUUUAGAAUAUAAUGUUACUGGGGGAGCGAAUGCCUUAACGGCGAGGACAUGUGAUACAACCACGGACAGUAUUAAUCAGACUAGUGAUAGUAAUUUUCCGAUUUGUAACAUAGGGCAUGAUAGGAAAACCGUAGAUAACGUAAGUACCACGAGAGCGGCGAACACGGACGACGAUGUCGGCACGAUUAAAUAUACGCUAGAUAACUACGGGAAGUCGUCAGCGUCAUUGAACGACGACUGGGUGUCGUCAAUGUUAGUGGACGACGUUGAAACGUCGGCAAGAUCGUUGAAGGACGUCGACUCGGAUAAUCACUUAAGUGAGGAAGUUACCAGCAGCACAUGCUGCGUUGUCGACCAAGAUUGUCAAUGCGAGUCUACGAAGAGGGAGGAGGAGGAAAGGGGGGCCUCAGCAGAAAUCCUCGAUGAUGUUUGCCGCGAUUCCGCUGACCGUAAAAGUACAAGUGUAAAUAUUAAUAUAGAAUCACGCGAAUCGGUGACGACGAGUUCGGAGAGCCAGGAGGCAUUCGGGAAGCAUCACGAGGGACAGUCUUUUAUGCCAAAUAACGUCAACGUACAUCGAACUGUCCUUAAAGACUCAGCUAAGAUCGAGGAGCAGCCGGAAGACGCCGUCGACGAUGGUAGGCGAAUCGACCCGACCAUCCUCGUCACGCCGUACGAGAUGUCAACGAAUCUGGACAAGUCCGACGCGGAGGAACUCAUCUUCUGCAUGACGGACGUCUCCACGGAUGGCACAUCCGUGGAGGACGAGCUCUCGCCGAGUGUUCCGUCGCGAAAUUCGCCAAACGAUGGCGCCAAAGUGACGGAGUCGUACUUCGAGCUGUCGGCUUCGAGGACAACGUCGACGAGCACGCUGCUGAUUGAGAAUCCCGAGGGCAUACACAGGAACAGCCAGGAUUCCGGUAUCGAGGAAAGCGCCUUAACGAUCGACGACGCUGUCGUUGGAACGGUGGACGCGCACCCGUUGCCACCGCCGCGCAGCAGUCUCCAGGAGAGUGUGGAUUCCGGAAUCGAGUCGGAAUGCUCGUCGAUUUGCAUCAGGGAGCCCGCCGCUGAGCGGACGCUGGAGGUCGUCGUGGUCCCGAAGAGGCCCCCGCGUGACGACAACGGCGUGGGCGAUGACAACGAUGAGUACGGAGAGUUUGCAUCGGAUUUCCUUGCGAGGGAGGCGCAAUUGGUAGAUAGUGACAGCGUGAACGACGACGUCGCACAUUCGUACCUCAACAACAUCAAGUGCACGGUCAUCAGUACAGCGCGGCCCGUUGCCGACGAAGACGUCGCGCACUCUCCCGCAGUCGUGCAUGGCACCAGCCCAAAAUAAUGCAGCGAAAGAGAAAGAAGGGAAAGCGAAGGAUAGCGAAAAGAACAAGACGAAUGCAAUCGAGAAUGACGUCGACGAUGAUGAAAUCGACGAACUCAAAGAAGUGAUGAAGCAGCUCGAGCCAAAGUAUCGGCGCUAUGCCAACUGGCGGAUUUGAAUACUGUUUAAAAUGCUGUCCAUUAAUUCUUUUCGGGGAUUGUUGAUGCAAAACAGAUGCAUACUUGGCUCCAAGGACUCUGUUGAUUCCGUGGACACUUAUACUUAUACAUCCUUUUUUGGAUUUUUGGUUCCAUGAAUCAUUGAUAUUAUAGAUUCUUUAGUUGAGUUUCUUAUCCUUUCGCAUUUUUGCGCCUAGGACUUCUUAGUUUCUAGAUAGAGUUUAUUUUUAAAAACACUUGCCAUUGUAAAUUGACGAAUAGGAACUAGGAAACUUUUAAUGAUUAAUUAUCAUAAUAGACACCUCUUUUCAAUGAUCUUUGUUUUAAAUAUUUGAUAAUAUAUUUUUGUGUGUACAUAGAUAUUUUGAUAUCAUGCAUCUUUGAAUUCAGAUUAUUAUUGUGAAUAGUACUAUAGCAUUAUAAUAUCUUGCAUAUAUAGCACUUUAUGUAUCUUUGUUAUCUCUCGUCUGAAUUGUAAUAUUUCUAUAUUUCUUGAGUUGUAAUCUAUUUUGGCAAAUCCAUGUUUCACAGAUCUUUGGAGUUGUUGCAUGUCGAAAUAAUAUGCAAAAUUACGACGCGGAUUUUUUUACGACUCCGUGGUAGUGAAGAUUUAUGUAUAUGACGAGCGAGCGUUGAAAACUUAAUUUUUAACUGUAAUAAGUGUCUUAUGUACUAGCUAGUUUUUUUGUCGAUUAUUUUUUAUUUGGCGGAGAGGCGCAACUCUGUUGGAAAGAAGAGUAAAAUGAAGUGGAUAAUGUACAGAUUGUACAGUAAACGAUCGAUUCUAGUCCCGAAGACAGUCGAUCUGUCUUGGGAAACUGUAAACUUAACAUGCACCACUGUCUCUCGCCGCGCGUAGGAUGUAACACGCUGGCAGUGAUCGAUGUAACGCCAGUGCUUCUUAAACUUAUAAAUCACGAGACACCAAAGGAUAGAGCGUUCUCUUUGUUGUGCCUCGAGCCUCUAUGAAGAUUUACCUUCAGAAACGAUAGGCGAAAGUUACAAUUAUAGGGUGUUCCGUUACAAUUGACGAUGUCCUUUCAAUUAGAAGACAGAAAAAGUGAUAAAGUUGUUUUCAAUGCCAAUGCUACAAUAAAUAGUUAAUAAAAUUGUUAAAAAAGUUUAAUGAAAAAUUCUAAUUUUCAUUAAAUAUCUAUAUUAAAAGUAAAAGGAUAUUUCUGUGUGCGCGUGUGUAUGAAGGGACAUCUAGACGGACGCCUUAUAUAUAAAACAUAAGGGAUAGUAUAAUUUUUCAGUGUAACUUUCUUUCUAUGAUUAAAUCUUAUUUGUGUUGAAUUAUACAGUGAAAUAGAUAUAACAAAGGAUAAAUAUUUGUCGCAAUUAACGUACUAAUCAAUAUGUAGAAUUAUCUGUUAUAUUUCCAGAUUUUCGUGGAACACGGUUUAAGGAACACUGACCUAAAAAAAAAAAAAAAACGUGGCGAUUAUACCUUAAACGAAAUACUUUAACGAAAUAUUACUUAAAUGUACAUCACUGUUAACUAAAACUGAAAAACUUCCUGAAUGCCUUGCAUAUAUAGUAUAUCGCAGAAAAUAUGAAAAUCAUUAGUAGAUUACAUUCAAAUAAACUUGAAGCUGGUUUUUUAUAUAGCUUAAAAAUACAUAUAAUAUUUUCCUUAAAAUAAUGUAGUACAACUUAAUAUCGGCAUCUAAUAUUGAAAAUUAAGAGAUGCAGCGAAUCAAGCUUUAGAAAAAUCUAAAUAAAAAUUAAUAUUAUUUUUUAAUUAAUUCGAAAUUUUGUUUAUAUUUUACUUUAGUGAUUGAUUAUCAAGAUGCUCAAUAUUAAAAAUUAAAAUUUACGUAGAAAGUUUAAUUUUUUGUUUAGCGAUACAUUCAACAUGUAUUUUAGCUUCAUGAAGAAGAUAAAGUUUCUAUUACUGGUUACCAUAUUCUCUGAGAUGUUCUGUACAUUUAUGUAUAUUUAUGUGUGCAGGUGUGUGGUAUGUAAUGUGUAUGUUGAUUGCAAGAGAAACGCGAUCGAAAAAUAUUCGCGGUUAAUGGGUGAUCGCGCGUUACAUCACAAAUGAUAGAUUUCGAAGACGACUCGAAUCUGUAUUUUUGUGAAAGAAUUUAAAAUGAAGUUUCAACAAUACAAGCAAGAAAAAAGUUUUUAUCUUUUUUAUAAUAUUGUAGUUAUAUUUUUUAAAUAAUAUAGAGCAAUUAAUUUUUUGCGCGUUUAUAAUUUGCAUAAAGAAAUGAAAGUAGUUUAAGGUCAUCUGCAAUGUGUAGUUAAAAUUCUUAUUACAAUAUACAUUCAUACGUACAUACAUAUAUAUGUAUGUAUGUAUGAGUGUGUUUGUAUAUUUUUUUAUGUAAAUAAUAUGUACUUUUUAUGUAGGAUUAAGGUUAAAAGAUUAACUUUGUAUUUCAUUGUGUUUUAUUUAUUAACAUUUAGAGAUUGGAAAUUGACGCAAAUUUUCGAAUAACACUAUUUCGCUAUUAUAUACAUGUGGUUUUUUUUCUUUUUAAAUGUCGUUACGUACGUUAAAAACAGAUUCGAGUCUAAAGUCGAAGAGUAUCGUCAAAGUUCUCGGCGCGUUUAGGUAGCUCGCAAUUUUCGGAAAAACGAACUACUAACUAUUCUAUUAUUGUAUCUUAAAUUAUAUCUCUCGUUUUUUGUGGUUAUUUACUCUCUUACAAAUCUCGUUACAAAUGUAAAUAUAUAUAUAUAUAUACAUAUAUAUAUAUAUAUAUAUAUAUAUAUAUAUAUAUAUAUGUAUAUAUAUAAAAUACGUAUGUAUAAAAAUAUAUAUACAUAUACAUACGUACGUUAUAUUUAUGUAUGCAUAUGUAUAUGAUAUAAAUACAUAUAUAUUUGCCACACUGCUAGUGGCUAAUGUUAUGUAGAAUAAAAUCGUCGCCCCUGCGACGAUGACAACUACAAGCAUUCUUGUACCUGUCUCGCGCUGAGUAAUAAUUGCACGUGCAAUUAUGGCAUUUUUACUUUGCAUCCUGCAAUUUGUCAAACAGUAAACUACAAGCGCAAGUUUCUACGUGUAUUCUAUUGACAAUAAGUAAUCGCUAAAUUUUUGGUAUUCUUUUCUACGUAUUUGACCAAGCGCAGAUAGUGGCGAUAAAUGGAGAUAUAAAGAAAAUAAACAGUCGUGCACUUGUCCAUAGACUACGCGACGAUAUCUUCAUUGAACAAGCGUUUUAAAGCAAUAGUUUGAGUCGCCGAAAAUAUUUGGCAAAUUAAACCUGACAAAGUUAUUUUGAUAAACAGAGAAUUUUAUCGCGAGAGAUCAGAUGUGUUGCGCGUGCAAUUAGAGCGUGUUUUGUUUUGCGACAUGUACAAUUCCCUGUGCUAAAACUAUACAUAUAUAUAUGAUAAUUUUAUGAAAUUGCAGUUGCACGCGCACUUAUUUCCCAGUGAAAUGCGAAUAUUAAUCCUAAACUAUGCCAUGCUCCAAAGCCGUGGUUCAGAAAUGAUCACGGAUAUUGUAAUUCAGACCGAAAUUGUACAAAGCAUUAAUCGUACAAAGUCAGAGAACGAUCCCUUUUGCCCCAUCGUUCCCGAAAUAAAUACGUUUGAAUACUAGAAAAAGAAAAUUUAUAAAGCUUGCAAGAUUUUUGUAACGAUUUCUCUAUAUAUUCAAGUGUAUUUUAAUACGAUUAUACCGGAAAGAAAAGGGUCGAGAUUUAGGUUUCCUGUAUACUCUCGUGUCUGUAACAAAUUUCUCAUCAGCUCUGCGACAAAUUUAAUUGCUCGACAGAGGAGCAAUUUUUAUUUUGCCGCGAGCAAAAAAAUUUGAAGAAUUAAUUUUGAAAAUUUAGAGAUGAGCUCACUUCAUUCUCUCGUCACUCACAGCACGCGAAAUAUCUGGACGAAGUGAACUCAUCGAUUUUUGAUGUCUUCGUCACUGAAAAAUGAUUAUAUGUAAAAAGGACAAUGUAUUGUUAGAGAUAUAUUAUUAUUAGAGAUAGUAAAAUUAUAAAUUGGUACGAUAAACGGUACAGAUUGAUUUCGACCGACAGUGUGAUUCGAGAGCCUUUUCUUACGACGAUCGAGCCGCUUAUUUGUGUGUAUAUCUGUUUUUCUAAAAAUCGAGAUAUCUAUUUGGAAUAUCUUUUCUAGACCGGUGAUACUGUUUGCGAGUCUCUUGUUGUUGUUGAAAACGUAAGGAAACCUCUUUUAGGAGUGCUCUGGGAACAACUCUAAUAAAUUCGUCUCCUAGAUCGCUCGGUGUACACACGUGUGUAUAUACAUGUGUGUGUGUGUGUGUGUGCGUGUGUGUGUGAGGAUGAAUGUUGCAAGCAUGAAUGCGUGAUAGUGUUUAAUAUGUAAAUAACUAUUGCCGAACGCGGCAUCGUUCUACGAAUGUCCUGAGAAUAGAUGUAGUAUAUGAAAGAGAAUUCUAUAUAUGUAUAUGAGAGACACAGAUUGAGUUUGAGAAAUUUUACUGAAUUGACGUACGAGAGAAUAAAGAUGAUUUAAUUAUAA